CUCAGGGUAUGAGGCCUCCUCAAAUGAGGUCAGAGGAAGAAGGGUCCCUGGAGAUCACUUCUUGCCUUGGGACCUUUACAGAGGAGGAAACAGGCUGGGUCAGGGGAAGGGCUUUGCCCCAUAUCACAGGGUGGAAUGCCAGCAUUGUGGCUUCUGUAAACAUUCUUCCAGGUGGCAGGGAGAUGAGCACUCAUCGGGAGGACCCUGGGGAAGGGAUUGGGGAUCCCUGAGGGCCUCUGAGGUUCUAGAUGUAGACCUGGGGCUUUGGGGAGGCUCCACUGCAUGUAUGCAAGAGCUUCCCAAGAAGCCCUAUAAGCCUACGGCAGACAAGGCUGCCCAGGGAGACAGUGAGCACCUGUCCCUAAUCUGUGAGCAGGACAGGACUAGUGCUUGUCUGUGAUGAGGAGAGGGGAUUUGGUACUAGGAGAGACAGUUGGGGACUGCUCACAUCCCGUUGUCUAAAUCCUCUACCAGGCAGGAAUGGCAUUCAUGUGACGUGGCAGAGAGGCUGGGAUGGAGCAAGGAAUGGGCCAUUUAUGGCCCGUUGAGACUGGAACCAGGAGGCUGGACUGGGACUUGGCCUGACUGAGCUCGGUGGCCUCAUUCCUGCCUCCAAGCAACCAGGGGCUGACACUGAUCCUUCUGCCUUCCAGAACCAGCAGGAAAAGUAAGGGCCUCCUGGGAUGAUAAAGAUGUGGCCGCUGGCCUCACAGAGCUCCUGAAGCUCACCGAGCUUGGAAUAACUCAUUGACAGAAUCUGACUCUUAUCUCUGGAGGACAUUGUGAGCUGUAGGACAGGGAGUCACAGACUCUGAGAUGACAGCCUUCCAAGAAUUUCAUCUGAACUCCAUUGCAGUGUUAUGAAUGGUAGAUGUGUCAGGAACUGUUUAAGUUCUUUAUAUGUCUUAACUCCUUUGAUCCUCAGAAGACCCUCUGAGGUAGGUGCCACUAUUAUCUAUUUUACAGAUAAGAAACUGAGAUGUAGCGAGGUUAAGUAAUUUGUGCACAGUCAUGGAGCUAUCGAGUUGUGUGGUUCUGAAGCUCAUGAUCCUAAUUUCUGUGCUAUGUCUCUACAAGAGGAAAUGGAGCUGGGCGGGGGGAGAGGUUCUCUCCUUUGCCAUCACUCAGCCAGGUGGCAGGAGUGGAGGAGACCAUGACCUCUUACUCCUACACUCAGGGCUCCCCACUCAAGGGAGCCCAGCCUAACAGCUUCUGUCUCCACCCUUCUUCCCUGCCUGGCCUCCCCAAAGUCAACAGCCCCCUGGCCUCACCCUUGGCUGGCAGCUUCAAUCCAAAGAGGCCUCGCCUACAUUUCCUGGCCACUCUCCAGCCCACAAGAGCCAAGACAACAAAGUUCAGUGACUGGGAGGGCUGAGCAGAGGCUGCAGAAGGGGAGGAAGCAGUGUGGAGCCACAGAACAGUGGUGAAGGAUCCUCCAACUCCCAGAUGCUAGGCUUCCUGGGGAGCAUGACCCUGGUGGGUUGGAUCACAGGCACUGUGGUGGCUGUCCUGCUGUUGCUGCUGCUACUGGCCACCUGCCUUUUCCACAGACCACAGGAUGAUGAUGUAGAGAGGAACCAUCUGGCUGCAGGGGAAAACCAAGUCCACCAACCCCGGCCCUGGGUCUUCCAUCACCGACAUCCUGGCCAUGCAUCUCAUGUGCACAGUGCAGGUCUCCAUCACCACCACCUCCACCUCCAGCAGCACCAGCUUCAUCUUCAGAAGCACCAGCGCCGCCACCAGCGCUUCCUCCAGCAGCACCACCAAGCCUCCCAGCUUCACCUUCAGCAGCACCACCAGGCCCUCCAGCGCCACCCCCAGCACCAUCUCCAGCACCACCACUUUCACCAUGCUCACGGAGGCCUCCACGGAUUCCUCCCUGCUUCCCAUCCAUAAUCAAAAUGAGUGGACCCUGAUGUUUCCAUGCUGAGGAUGUGCCUCUGGGGUGAAUGAAGGGUACUGUAACUUGGUUCCUGCUUGGAUUUUAUUUGCAUAUCAUGUCCCUUCACGGUGCAUCAGAGAACCGAGGACCAUGUGGGCUGGCCCUGUGGACACUGUAGAGCUUGAUAGUGGACAGCAGGCUUGGUUAUUCACCCGACUUUUUGACUUCAACUCUUGGUGGCUUCAGAAGUAACAGAGUGUUGGGCAGGGUCAGUGCCUAUCAAAUGCAAAGUGCUCGUCUGAUUUUCAUUAGGUGUCUGCAGGCUUCUGGCAAGUGGGUAGCUGGCCCUGAGAAUGUCUUUCCCGGGUGGAGCAGGCAGUGUGGGGCUGUACAGCUAAUUCUCUGAUCCCUUACUAAGGGAAAUAAAAGCCACCAAGGAGCUUUUGUGAAGAGGCUCUUCAUUGCAGCAAGGUGGGAAGGAGGGAGUCGUGGAGGCUGAAUCUGCAUUGCCUUGGGGCCUCCCUCUUGCUGGGAGCUUGGGCUCCAGGGACAGCUGUGGAGUGGAGAAGUGUGUGAGUCCUGCCU